UUACAUGAAAUCGACUUGGAUAUUAUCUGAAUUACUUAGUUUCUGAGGAUUUUUUUAGAUGCAACGGGUUCAUUCGUUUAGUCAGUGAUUGGGGAGUAUAAAUAACUAUCUACCGCGUAAUAUUUUACAGGUUCUUGAUGCGACAAGCAAUGAACCAUGGGGUCCUCAUGGGUCAAAUCUGUCAAAUGUUGCACAAGCUACCAAAAACUAAUGAGUUGAUUCAUAUUUUUAGAUGCUCUCCAUAUUUCAUAUUCCAUAAAAAUAUAUGUUUAUUUCAUAUUUUACAUUUCUGCAGUCAUGAAUAUAAAACGAUAAUGGCUAUGCUUUGGAAGCGAAUCAAUGAUACUGGCAAAAAUUGGCACCAUGUGUACAAAGUUUGCGCAUCUCUUGAUUCGUAGCACAAACUCACCCGGGGGAAUGUAUAGGCCCAUUUCAGGAGGUUAUGGGGAUGGAGAUCGCUACGGAAGUAGAAACGAUGACCGAAAUGGUUACGGUAGAGAAAGAGAAUAUUGCUAUAAGGAUGAUGAUAGAAACAGUAAAGGUGGUGAUUCAUACAGUCGCGAUGGAGACCAUUAUGGUAGAGACUCCGAUGGUGGUUACAAGGAUGAUGAUUAUAAUAGAGGAAGAAGUCCAAGUAAUGAAGACUUUCAGUCUGGCCAGAAAAGUAUGAGUUAUGAUAGAUACAGGGAAUAUGGUUAUGAUGACGAUGGUCUUCAUUUAUCAAGGUAUUUGGGCUCAAAUCGAAAAACAUUAUUCUGGUGAUAUUGUAGCAGCAGCUGACUCUACUUAUGAUUUGCGGAGGAAAUUGGUUAAGCAAGCGGAGUCUCGUGAUACUUCUGGUGAUAUUUUAGUCUUUCUUUCCCUGUCUCUGUCAGUUGACACAAACUAGUUUACCAAUCCAUUUAUGAACAUCAACAUAGAUCGAACAUUGUAUGUCAAUCACAAAAUUUUAGGUUCAGUAAGUUUACUUGUGUACAUUUGUAUCAAUUGAAGAAUCCUUUCUUUUAUAAU